UGAAUGCUUUGUGUAGUGUCCAAUUUGAGUCAGUAGGAAGUGGCAACUAGCAACAUUGGAAGUCAAAAUUACUGUUGCUAGUUGGUAACAAUGCCAUAAAAUAGACAAGAAUCUUUGAACGGUCCUGUUGAUGUUAUCGCUCCUUUAAUAUGAAUAUCCACUUGUAAUUUAUACCCCUCUUAUUCUGACGGAUGCCACGGGCAAUAAUCAGGAGGAAGAAGCACCAUGGCACUUGGAGGCUUUGUGGAUUGGAGGGGAAACACCAUCAAUAGAGAGGUGCAUGGCGGAGUCAGAGCAGCAUGGUUUUUGUAUGUUCUGACCGUGGUAACAAACGUGGUUAUUGUCCCAAACCUGCUGAAUAUGGUUACUUAUCUCCAGGGAACAAUGCAUAUGGGUGUCUCGGGCUCUGCAACUACAGCUACUAAUUUUUUUGGUGCCACGUCUGGGUUUGCAUUGAUAGGAGCUUUCCUCUCAGACUCCUAUAUUACUCGCUCUAGGACUGUGCUCAUCUUUGGUCCAUUUAUGUUUCUGGGAUAUGGAUUGCUCGCACUGCAAGCCUACCUACCCUCGCUCCAUCCACCACCUUGCAAUAUUGAAGCAGAGCUAAACAACUGCAAGAAGGUGCAUGGCUGGAAUGCUGCCUUAUUAUACACAGGCUUAUAUAUGAGUGCAUUUGGUGAUGGUUCUAUCCGUGUUUGCUUGCCAUCCCUCGGAGCAGACCAAUUUGACCAUGAAGAUCCCACUGAGUCCCAUCAACAGUCCAGCUUCUUUAACUGGUAUACCUUUGGAAUCUCCUUUGGAGGUUUUGUAGGGCUGAUUCUCAUAGCGUGGCUCGAGAACUUCAAAGGGUGGGACAUUGGACUUGGGGUGUGCUGCAUCCUAAUUCUUCUUGGAUUGGUCAUAGUUGCGUCUGGUCUCCCUUUCUACCGCAACCAAGUACCAGAAGGAAGUCCGUUAACUCGAAUACUGCAGGUUCUAGUGGUUGCAUUCAGGAACAGGAAGCAUGAACUUCCUCAAAAACUGGAAGAAACACAGGAAAGUAACAGCAGGACAGGUUCUGUUGGUGCAUUCUCUCAAACAAAUAGUCUGAAAUUCCUCGACAAAGCUUGUAUUAGUCGUGGUAAGAGUGGCGCGUGGUCAGUUUGCACUGCAACGAAGGUGGAGGAGACAAAGAUUGUGCUCCUUAUGCUUCCUGUCUUCAUCACCUCCAUGAUUGGAUAUAUAUCAAACAUUAUCCUCCUGACAUUUACCGUGCAGCAAGGUGGCAUGACGAACACAAGGCUGGGCAUGAUCCAUGUCGCCCCUGCGACACUCUUUAUCAUCCCCAUCACAUUCCAGAUGGCAAUGCUCGCAGUUUAUGAUCAGUUCCUUGUGCCAUUCUUGCGUAGGCGCACAGGCUACGUCCGUGGAAUCACUCAUUUGCAACGCAUCGGUAUAGGCUUUGGCUCCAUGUCACUUGCCUCGGCUAUUGCAGCCAUUGUUGAGAGAAAGAGAAAACAAGCUGUCGUGCAGAUGUCCCUGUUCUGGCUUGCACCUCAGUUCUUCCUGCUUGGUGUGUCAGACGUUACAUCAUUCACUGGGCUCCUUGAGUUCUUCAACAGUGAGGCGCCACGGGGCAUGAAGUCAAUUGCCACGGCAUUAUUCUGGUGUGAGCUGGGGCUCGCUUCGUUGAUGGCCACAUUCCUGGUGGAAAUUGUGAACAAGGCCACAAGGCAUGGGAACCAGGGGGGCUGGCUCGAAGGUUCAAGCUUGAACAGCAGCCAUCUUGACCUAUUCUACUGGGUUGUGGCUGUUGUAGGAUUGCUCAGCUUCUUCAACUACCUGUACUGGGCCAAGAAGUAUGUGUACCAGCACAAUCCACGCAUCACUGAGCCAAUGGUUGAUCAUCAGGAUUCACCUUGAAAUAUCACAUCUGCAUGGACAUAAUUUUCCUGUCAGCAACAAUUAAUCCAAAAAUAUGUGAGUUAUGAAUCUGAUCAACCGCUCAGCCUCCGUCGGGCACCGGGGACUUUGUGGACUGGUGGAGAGUCGCUUUGCUUGCCACUCCUCGGGCUGCACCGCCUCCCUGGUCACCCUGACUUAUUGGUGGAUCUGGAAGCAGCGCAAUGCGGUCGUCUUCAACAACGCAUGUCCUGGUUUGGCGGGUCUACUCUCGACCAUCAAAUCGGAAGCUAGGCUUUGGGUCCAUGCGGGGGAGGUAGGACUCGGCACGGUCCUUUGUGAGUCCCCGGGCGAAUAGUGUGUUGUGUUGUAUCUAGGGGUGUAUGCCCUUUCUUGGGUUUGUACAUAACUUUCUCUUCUAUCAAUGCAUCGAGACGCAAGCUUUGCGUUUUCUCGAAAAAUAUGUGAGUUAUGUUAGUAUGUUACACAAAAUUGAUGCCAA